GGACAAACCGGGACAUGUGAAGGAUGUUUUGGCUCAAUUCAGCGAUCAGUUGUUCACAUAUUAUUUUAAAUCAGUGACGAAUUCGCAGUGUAAUCAAAACAUGCCGUUAGAACAUAGUUUAUGAAACGUCAAAGCAAGCAUAACCAGAUUUGAUGCAACUUUCAACUGCUUUCCGUUGAAACAACAGCAGCCGUGCUCCUAAAUCAGGGAACAGAAGCGCAACAGACGAUUUCGCUUAUAAUAUGUAUUUCUUAGGAUACAGUUAUCUCUUGAGAUUUCGGUUUGUGGCUGGCCUUCGAACAAUCGUCGCUCAUGUAAGUUGUUUGUCUACGGGGAAAGCAACCUAUUUAGAGCCAAGAUGGCGAACAGAAGGUCAGAUUUGUGUUGGCCAAUCAGCACGCGCGGAACAGACGCGCCCCACGUGGGGGAUCCCACGUUUGAUUGGUCGGAGGCGGCGAAGUCCCGUUCGAGAUUUGAUUGGUCGCGCUAUAGGUUGUUCUCGCGGUAGUUGAGCCCGCGUGUCAGUGGGCAGUCUGUGUGUGGUACUGCGAGUGUUGGAGAAACUAGGCAAUGCGAGCGGUUGGCACGUACGAGGCAAACUUUUCACAAUCAGACAUUUUUAAGCAAACACGCAAAUAGGGAUUGGGAGAGUUUACCAACAACGGGAAUACUGCGAAUUGUGUCCAAGCGAGAACCUGAAGUCUGAAGUCUUAACUGAGGAAAACAUUCUCGAAGCGACUGUAGGCGCUGCUUUUCUAGGGUUGGGAUUGAUUCGCAACCAGCGCCUAAUACUGCUCGUAUAAGGUCACGAGUGGAGGACUUCGACAUUUCCUCGGUGCAAGGAAUUAUUGCUGUAUUUACAUUCGCGGGAAAAGAUUUUAUGGAGACUAAAGCACAAGCGCAGCUGAAUGCUUGACUCUUACUGGAGAUAAUGAGCCAACGCGCUGUGUUUUUGUCUUGCUCCUCGGCUGUGUGAAGGAUAAAGGGGUUAAAUCGGGUGUAAGGAGUGCGAGAAGCGCGUGGAUCGGGUGGACGGACUGGGCUUUGUGUGUCCGCGAGUGGGUUCUCGCUCAUCUACUCGGAUUACUGAAGAGCGCCACAACCCCUGGACCUUCACAUCAGAAAGGAUACAUUCAAGAUGUAUCCGCAGGGCCGGCAUCCGGCACCUCACCAGCCUGGUCAGCCUGGCUUCAAAUUCACUGUAGCAGAAUCUUGUGACAGGAUCAAAGAUGAAUUCCAGUUCCUUCAAGCUCAGUACCACAGUCUUAAAGUAGAGUAUGACAAACUGGCCAAUGAGAAGACAGAGAUGCAGCGACAUUAUGUCAUGUAUUAUGAGAUGUCCUAUGGGCUGAACAUUGAAAUGCAUAAACAGACUGAGAUUGCCAAACGUCUAAAUGCAAUUCUUGCUCAAAUCAUGCCUUUUUUGUCACAAGAGCACCAACAGCAGGUUGCACAGGCUGUUGAACGUGCUAAGCAAGUGACAAUGACCGAGUUGAAUGCCAUCAUCGGGGUACGUGGACUUCCCAAUCUGCCUCUCACCCAGCAUCAUGCUGUCUACCCUGCUCUGAUGCAGCAGCAGCUCCAGGCUCAACACCUUUCUCAUGCUGCCCACGGACCCCCGGUCCAGCUGCCCCCUCAGUUGCAGCCCCCAGGCAUCCCUCCAGUCCCAGGCUCAGGGUCAGGUCUGCUGGCGCUGGGAGCUCUGGGUAGCCAGGCGCACCUGCCAGUCAAAGACGAGAAGAACCAUCAUGACCUGGAGCACAGAGAGCGGGAAUCUAGUACGAAUAAUUCCGUAUCGCCGUCAGACAGCCUGAGGGCCAGUGAGAAACACAGAGGCUCUUCUGAAUAUAGUCUGGACCCGAAGAAACGCAGAGUAGAGGAGAAGGACAACAUGAGCCGAUAUGACAGUGAUGGUGACAAAAGUGAUGAUCUGGUCGUGGAUGUGUCCAACGAGGAUCCUGCCACUCCAAGGGUCAGCCCGUCUCACUCUCCUCCUGAGAAUGGGCUUGAUAAAGCCAGAGCACUGAAGAAAGAUGCCCCCAACAGCCCGGCUUCUGUGGCCUCCUCUGGGAGCACCCCCUCCUCUAAAGUGAAGGACCACCCACAUAAUGACAAGUCCUCCACCCCAGGUUUAAAGUCCAACACCCCCACCCCACGCAACGAUGCUCCCACCCCAGGAACUAGCAACACCCCUGGGCUCAGGCCCAUACCUGGAAAACUACCUGUCAUGGAAGCACUGACAGCACCUGCCCUACGUACACCAUUGUCGAUUGCGCCUCCAUAUGGGGCUCCGUUUGCCAUGAUGGGUCACCACCCAGAGAUGAACGGCUCAUUGACCAGUCCGGGUGUUUACCCUGGCCUACACAUAUCCCCUCAGAUGAGUGCUGCUGCUGCCUAUGGACGCUCGCCUAUGAUGUCUGUGUUGCAGGCGGGCUUUGAUCCUCAUCCCCACAUGCGUGCCCCUGGUCUGCCAACAAGUCUGACCUCUAUACCUGGAGGGAAACCGGCCUACUCCUUCCAUGUUAGCGCGGACGGCCAGAUGCAACCAGUACCUUUUCCUCCAGAUGCUUUGAUUGGACCAGGUAUUCCCCGUCAUGCCCGUCAGAUCAACACACUCAGCCACGGUGAGGUGGUGUGCGCCGUAACCAUCAGCAACCCCACACGGCACGUCUAUACUGGAGGCAAAGGCUGCGUGAAGAUCUGGGACAUCAGUCAGCCUGGCAGCAAGAGCCCCGUCUCACAACUCGACUGUCUGAACAGGGAUAACUAUAUCCGAUCCUGUAAGCUGCUUCCGGAUGGCCGUACUUUGAUCGUUGGAGGGGAAGCCAGCACUCUGACCAUAUGGGAUUUGGCCUCUCAGACUCCCCGUAUCAAAGCCGAGCUCACCUCUUCUGCCCCGGCCUGCUAUGCGCUGGCUAUCAGCCCUGAUGCCAAGGUCUGCUUCUCCUGCUGCAGUGAUGGAAAUAUUGCUGUCUGGGACCUUCAUAACCAAACCCUUGUCAGGCAGUUCCAAGGCCACACAGAUGGUGCAAGUUGUAUAGACAUUUCCCAUGAUGGCACCAAACUGUGGACAGGUGGACUGGACAACACGGUACGGUCCUGGGACCUCAGAGAGGGACGACAGCUCCAGCAGCAUGACUUUACUUCACAGAUCUUCUCUCUGGGCUACUGUCCGACGGGUGAGUGGCUGGCUGUGGGAAUGGAGAGCAGUAAUGUGGAGGUGCUUCAUCACACCAAGCCUGACAAGUACCAGCUGCACCUGCACGAGAGCUGUGUCCUCUCCCUCAAAUUUGCCUACUGUGGUAAAUGGUUUGUGAGCACUGGGAAGGACAACCUCUUGAAUGCCUGGAGGACUCCCUAUGGUGCCAGCAUUUUCCAGUCCAAGGAGUCGUCCUCUGUCCUGAGCUGUGACAUCUCAGCUGAUGAUAAAUACAUCGUGACAGGAUCUGGAGACAAGAAGGCCACCGUGUAUGAAGUGAUCUACUAAAUUCACUGCUUCGCAAGAUAUAAAGACCUAUGUAUGGAGCUUCUCUUUGGACCUGAUGUUUAAAGGAUUCAAGAGAUCACUCCUCCACUUUUUCCUCCUUUUAUAGUAGGAACCCAGGUUUGGAACUGGUUGAUCCAUUGGGAUCGGUUCCCAGAUGUUUUUAUAUUUCGCACACCUGGAUUCUUACAGCAGUGGAGCAGUCCACAACAGAUCAAAACGGAAACUUGUUAAACUGUCCCAAGGACUUCCUGAUGGCACUAAUGUAGUAAAUAUUGUCUUGCCUUUGCUUUCGGUCUGCUCAUGGGAUUGUGUGUGCCUAUUUCUACCGUAGUAUUUCCCCCCUGCCUUCAUACCUUCCUUUUUACAAAAAGUGAACAAUAUGUGAUGUAAUAUGAAGCAGUGCUUCAGUUUUAGCCUCCCGCUCCCUGGACAAUUUGUUAAAAAGUGUAUAUAUGGAGUAAUAAAGACGUUUUAUAAAUAUAUAUAAUUCUAUAUAUUUCCAUGUCCUGAUAUACUUGUGAUGGGUUUCUUUGUCCUCAUGUCCUUAAUGCUUGAUGAAUGUAGAUUAGGACACACUUUUUAAUAUUGAUUUUGUAAGCACGCUCUCUGGGCUGGCCAUUUGCUAAAAGGCUCACGUGGAAAACCCCUUCCUGUUCCAGAAUAAUCUUGGUAAUUGUUUUAUUUUUUUUGCUUUUUGAGCCUAUGUGCGGUUCAUGGGAAAUGGGAUCAGACUGGAAUCCUGCGGAAGUCGGAAUACGACGGAAACAGCCCUGAGGAGAGUGAGGAGAUGUUUGUAAAUUGACAGCGGUAUUAAACCUGGAGAAUGACUAACUGUACUACUUUUCUGUGCACUUUGCAUUGUGUGGCGUCUUGUUGGAAAGAUGAAUUCAGAUAAUGAAGUGUGAUUGUAACAUGCUGACUCGGCGUGGAUCGCACAUUGCGAUGAGUAACUUGCCAACUGAUCCCAUAAGUGGCCCCACUGUAGUUCGCUGUUGUUGAAAUGGGAUAUGAUUCACCCCAGUGAUUGACAGCUUACUUCUGUUGAGCCCCACCCUAAUGAGCCUGCAGCCCUGUUUUCGCUCACAGAUUGAUGUAAACCUUCUUCUACAUGAGUGAUCGGAGUCAAUUGGGGAUUCGCUUCUGUACAAGUUGAGCCAGGUUUCUAAUGAAUAUAUUCUUUGCCUGCACUGACUUGGAAGCUAAGUGUGAAAGUGUGUGGGCAUACGAGAGAGAGAGACCGGCUCUUUUAAACCUGAUCCUGGCUAACCCUUUUUGUGUAAAUGUGGACUGUUUUAACUGUGGGAACUGGAGUCUGCUUCAUGGGGCCGCAGCAGAACCGGUCAUGGCAAACUCUUCUUUAGUACAAUACAAAACCUGACCCGCCUGCCUUUCACAAUCUCGCAAAUUCACACCAAAGUAUGUAGCAAACUGUCAGCACUGAUCAUGUACAUUUGUUAAUACUUCAAUAAACUUUUUUUUUUUUUCAUAAAACAUGUCAUGAAUGUUGGUUUAAUUGAGAGCACCAUUGUUGGAUUUGAAUCACAGGCUGGGUGUGUGUCCCAUUAACCCCAUAUGUCUUAAGUAUGUAGACUAAUAUUGACAGAGGCCAGGAACGCUGGAAAUGUUAUCUAGAUGUUCCCACAUGGUGUCAAGCUGCUGAAAGGCUGACUGAAGUGUUGAGACAUGAAGUUGUGUGUGUAUGUGUAAAAGAGACCGUUUUUGCUGCCUCAGCUAUCUGUUGCAACCACAGACCCAGCUGACUCAAAUAUGCCCUGUGGUCCCCCAGUCACAGCUGGUGACACACAACACAAUCUUUCGAUUUCCUAACCUCAAGUGGAUUAUCAGCCAGGAAGUGCAUUUGUGUCAUUCGAUUUAUUGUGAUGGUUUGAGCUGGUUUCAUUAAGAGUGUGAUUGCUGUAAUUGUCUGUCUCUCACCUUCUCCCACAUU